AUAUUUACCUACACUCACAUGCACAUACAUGCAUCCUUAAGUUUUGGUUUGAAAAUAAAAGCUCAAGCCGCUAGGGCUAGUGUACUUAGUGUUAUUGUGAAAGCGCGUUACAAAAGGUCGACAGAAUUUAAUACCUUUCAUACUAGAUUUUUUCUUAAGCGCGCAUAAUGCUGUCGAUAAAUACUACAUUCCUCUUGGCGGCUCUCUUGGGGCUUGUCUAUGUUUGGUGUCGCUACAGUUUUGGUUAUUGGAAACGAAAUAAUAUUCCCUAUAUGUCGCCACUGAUUGGCAAUAUGGAAGUUUUUAUUAAAAGGACCAAUAGUUUCUUCCUAUAUCUAGCUGAUGUUUAUAAGGAUGCUAAAAUGUCAACAGCUGCGGCAGUUGGUAUUUACAUACUCAACAAGCCAGCGUUAGUGUUGCGUGAUCCGGAACUUAUUAAAACUGUGCUAGUCAAGGAAUUCGCAAAGUUCGAAAAUCGGUCAGCCGCCUGUGAUCCACACAAUGAUCCCUUGGGUUCGAAUAAUCUAUUUUUCGUAAACAAUCCACUAUGGAAGGAUUUGAGAACGAAAAUAUCGCCGGUUUUCACAUCAGGAAAGAUCAAACAAAUGUAUCCACUAAUGACUGAGAUCGGUACGGAGUUGGAAGCCCAUUUGAAUUCGUUUGCGAAGACUAACGACGCUUUCGUAACUGAAGUUAAAGAGCUUUCUGGACUCUUCGCCACCGACAUGAUUGCCACCAUCGCUUUUGGUGUGAAAGCCAACAGUCUUAGUAAUCCAAACGGCGAAUUUCGCACUCAAGGACGAAAAUUGUUCACCUCUACACUCCAUCGUGCCUAUGACUUCUUCAUCGGUUUUUUCUUUUCCAAGUGGGUCUCUACAUUGCGUGUUAAACUUUUUACACCAGAGUUCAGUUCCUUUUUACGUGGCACCAUCAGUCAUGUUAUGGCGUCAAGAGAGGAGAGCAAAGCAACGCGUAACGAUCUGAUCGAUAUGUUGGUGAGCCUCAAAGGAGAGGCUGUUGCGAAAGGCGAGUAUAAUGCCCAUCUACAGGAUGUUUUGACAGCACAAGCUGCUGUGUUUUUCUCAGCUGGUUUUGAGUCGUCAUCUUCGUUGAUGCAAUUUGCGCUAUACGAAUUAUCCAAACGACCCGAUUUACAAGAACGUCUGCGCAAUGAGAUUUGUGAAGCUCUUGUAGCUGAACAGGGUACAUUGUCAUAUGAGACUAUCAAUAAUCUACCAUAUCUGAGUAUAGUACUUGACGAAGUAUUGCGUUUAUACCCAUUACUACCUUAUCUUGAUCGCGAACAUCUGCCGAAAGAGGGGGAAAAGCCAUUCGACCUUAAACCAUAUUACGAUUACACAGUGCCAGUAGGUAUGCCUGUUUUUAUAUCAAUCCUAGGCGUACAUCGUGACCCCAAGUUUUGGCCCAACCCGGAAACUUUCGAUCCUGAACGCUUCAACGCCGAGAAUAAGAAAACCCAUAAGCCUAUGACCUAUUUUCCUUUCGGCAGUGGACCACGUAGCUGUAUUGGUUCUCGCAUCGGUUUGUUGCAGGCGAAGGUCGGUUUGGUGCAUAUUUUUAAGAAUCAUUAUGUGACCACAUGUGAGAAGACACCGAAGGAAAUUACUUUUGAUCCAUUUUUAAUGUCGCUAGGUUAUAAGAAUGGAAUUUACUUGAGCCUUGUCAAUGACAAACGCUAUGAACGCAAUGCCAAGCAGUGAAUGUUCGAAAUUCGAAUGAAUUUUGAAAUAUCAAUUUUAAUUUUUUUGAAAUAAAAACCAAACUUCUUGUCAUAA